CGAAGCACGGCACCAACCAUGUACUUCUUUUUUGUUUUAGCCUCGCUGAUGGUGGCCACUAACCCAGCGUUAGCCUACCUAUCAGCGGGCAUGAAGGAUCAGUUUCUUUCGGACAUGUUGCUCCGUGAGCUCGUCGAUAGGAUGGGCAAGGAUUUAGCAGAAGCAGCCGACUCGUAUAUCGAUCCGGCCGCCAUGGACGAACUUCCCGCCAGCCGUCUGGCACUGAUGGCGCGCGUAACGAAGGAUCUCGAAUCCGAGCAGCUCGAUUACGACGCCCUGCUGGACGGUUCCAAUCCGAAUCCUUCGCCGCGCGACCAGGAAUACUUGCAGCACAGUUCCCUCUGGGGCCAUCAGUACGUGUCGGGUGGCGCAGGGGAAGGACCUAACCGUCCGAAGCCGCAGGUGAAAACUGACGCUAGCCUGCCGGCCUACUGUAAUCCGCCGAAUCCGUGCCCGGUCGGAUACACCGAAGAUCAGGGCUGCACGAUGGAUUUCGAGAAUACGGCCGCAUUUAGCCGAGAAUAUCAAGCCGCCCAGGACUGCAUGUGUGAUGCGGAGCACAUGUUCAACUGUCCGGCAACGACGCAAAGCGAAGGCAACCCGCAGAUGGAUUCCGAUCUGGAAAACUUUAUCGCCCGCCAGUUCCACACGCAGGAGCAUAAGAACUUGGUUGCGAAAAAGUUUCACGUCAAGAAGAGCUACAAUCCAUUCUUGCAAGGUGAAAAGCUACCGGUAGCUGCAAAGAAAGGCUUCAACGUCAAUGUUUAAGCGAUCGAGCCACCGUGGCCGACACUCCAUAUCAUGAUAAUCGACCC